UCUUCCAAAAUUUUCCUUUUCUUUUCCCUUUCAAUUACCCAAUAAUUAAAAAAAAAAAGCAUCAUAUAAAACACCGAGAUUUAGGCAGGGUUUAAUUGGAUACGUCACCAAUGGCUUCCACCCUUGAAAUCGAAGCUCGGGAUGUAAUCAAGAUAGUUCUUCAAUUUUGCAAAGAAAAUUCCUUGCAUCAAACUUUUCAAACCCUACAGAAUGAGUGCCAGGUUUCUCUUAAUACCGUUGACAGCCUUGAAACUUUUGUUGCCGAUAUUAAUGGCGGAAGGUGGGAUGCAGUCUUACCUCAAGUCUCACAACUUAAGCUUCCUAGAAAAAUACUGGAAGACUUGUAUGAGCAGAUUGUUUUAGAAAUGAUUGAACUUCGGGAGAUGGAUACCGCACGUGCUAUUCUAAGGCAAACCCAGGUCAUGGGUGUCAUGAAACAAGAGCAGCCAGAAAGAUACUUAAGACUUGAGCAUCUAUUGGUUCGGACUUAUUUUGACCCUCAUGAGGCUUAUCAAGAUUCAACGAAGGAGAAAAGGCGUGCCCAAAUUGCCCAAGCUCUUUCUGCGGAAGUAUCUGUGGUUCCGCCUUCAAGAUUAAUGGCCCUAAUUGGUCAGGCUUUGAAGUGGCAACAGCAUCAAGGAUUGCUUCCGCCUGGAACACAAUUCGAUUUAUUCCGAGGAACAGCUGCUAUGAAGCAAGAUGUAGAUGAUAUGUAUCCUACAACAGUAGGACAUACCAUCAAGUUUGGGAAGAAAAGUCACCCUGAGUGUGCUCGGUUCUCACGAGAUGGACAGUUCCUUGUUUCUUGCUCAGUUGAUGGGUUUAUUGAGGUGUGGGACCACAUAAGCGGCAAACUGAAGAAGGAUCUCCAGUACCAGGCUGAUGAAACUUUUAUGAUGCACGAUGAUGCGGUGUUAUGCCUUGAUUUUAGUAGAGACUCUGAGAUGCUUGCAUCUGGGUCACAGGAUGGGAAAAUUAAGGUUUGGCGUAUAAGAACUGGUCAAUGCUUGCGCCGUCUUGAACGUGCACAUUCUCAGGGUGUCACAAGCAUUGUCUUCUCCCGAGAUGGAACUCAGCUAUUAAGCACAUCAUUUGACAGCACAGCAAGAAUUCACGGCUUAAAAUCAGGGAAAAUGUUAAAGGAAUUCCGUGGUCAUACAUCCUAUGUGAAUGACGCCAUCUUUACUAAUGAUGGAUCUCGCAUCAUUACUGCAUCUAGUGACUGCACAGUCAAGGUGUGGGAUGUUAAGACUGCAGACUGUCUACAGACGUUUAAGCCACCACCUCCUUUAAGGGGCGGUGAUGCAUCCAUUAACUCUGUUCAUCUUUUCCCAAAGAAUGCAGAUCAUAUUGUUGUUUGUAAUAAAACCUCAUCGAUAUAUAUCAUGACACUGCAAGGGCAGGUUGUAAAAAGCUUCUCCUCUGGUAAAAGAGAAGGUGGAGACUUCGUGGCAGCUUGUGUAUCCCCAAAAGGGGAAUGGAUUUACUGUGUCGGUGAAGACAAAAAUUUGUAUUGCUUCAGCUAUCAAUCUGGCAAUCUAGAGCACUUGAUGAAGGUUCAUGAGAAGGAUGUGAUUGGUAUAACACACCACCCGCACAGGAAUCUCGUUGCCACAUAUAGUGAAGAUUGCACCAUGAAAUUGUGGAAACCCUGAGAGGUCUUUGUCAUGUUGAUGAUGAUCCAACAUGAAAUUAUUUCAAGCAUCCAAUGCUUUUUGUUCUUAGAAUAUUUACUGUGUUGUACUUGUAUUCCUUUUCUAAGUUUGUGUCUGUAUCUCUGCACCUAUAUAUAUUCAGUUAGGUAUAGUUCCAUCAUUAGCUAGCUUUGUUAACAGCUUAUUAUUGAUUGAUUACACUUGUUUCUGUAGAUUGACCUCUAAGAGGAAUUGGACUAUUAGAUAUCAGUCGAAUUUUAAUCCUUUA